AUGGACACGUCGUCAACCCUCGCGACGAGCGCCACCCCGACAAUUCCCGCCGAACAGCUUGCCGCACUUACAUCGCUGCUGUCGGGACUCACCGCUGCCGCUUCCGGCACUACCGCACCCGCCACGACAUCCGGCUCCAAUCGCAAUGCCUUCCCGAAGCAUGCGCGGUUGGACGGGCCGAAGACGUUCGCGAACUGGACACGCCAGCUUCGCCUGUGCCUAGCGGACGACAUCCGCUCCUACGUCCUCGACGGAAUCACCCCCGACGAUUGGACGCCUUCGCAACGCUCCGCCCGCGACGUCGUGGCACGCGAGAUCCUUGCAAACUCAAUCGACUCGGCCGAAGUCUCGGCAGUCCUCGACAAGAUCCCUACGGCCGACCUCACAGCGCCCAAGAUUUACUCGACGCUGAAAUCGCGAUACGCCCCUGAUGACGCCACUCGCACGCUCGAGCUCUUCUCGCGACUCUGGGGCUUCCGACCCAUGCCCGGAACGGUUGGCGAAUUUGACAGUUGGAUCAUGGACUUCAAGUCGGUCGCGCAAGAGAUCAUCGAUACGAAAACGACGAUCAACGACGUCCUUGCCACACUCCUCCUCGCGAUCGCCCACCCGUCACUCGAGAGCUUCAAGGCAACGUUCACCGACGAACAACGCACGCAACGAACUCUCCCUGACAUCGAUUCAGUGGCCGACCGUAUGCGAGUUCAACUCCGGUCAACGAACCUCUCCAACGAUCAAUCGGCCCUCCUUGCCUCGUCGUCGCCACGUUCUACCCGUACCAAGUGCCUCGCCUGUCGCAGCUCUUCUCACCGCGUCGCACAAUGCCCUACAAGGGCCCAGCAUCCACCGCCAGGCCCGUGUCGCUCCUGCAAGAAGAAGGACCACUGGUCUUUCGACUGCAAAAAGGCUCUUGAGGACGGGAAAACGCCCGACACCUCUGAUGCGCAACACCAUGUCGGAUGUCUCGCCACCGGUCUUCUCGCACAUCGUCGUCAGCUUCGCAACAACUCCUUCGUCGUCGACUCGGGUGCCACUUCGCACAUGGUCUCGGACAAGUCGCUGUUCACGGCCUAUCGCCACAUCGCUCCUACGAAGAUUGGUGGUAUUGCAGGGGGCAUCAACGCCGUCGGAACGGGAAACAUCGCCUUUGUUGCCGCCUCCGGUCACCCGAUCACGCUUACCGGCGUGCUGCACACCCCGGGCCUGUCUGUCAACCUCCUCUCGGUCUCUCGACUUUGCGACACCGACGAUGUCCGUGUCGCCUUCACGAAGCACGGCAUCCAUAUCGACAAGAACGGCAAUGCUAUCGCUGAAGGCGCAAGACUCGAGGAAGGGCUCUACUUGCUGGACGCUGAUCAUUCCAAAUGUCAGCAUCUCGCUCUCCUCUCUCGCUCACAGUCUUCCGUGCCCCUGCUGACCCUUCACCGCUGCCUCGGCCAUCUCGCACCGUCGUCCAUACAGAAGAUGGUUGCCGCUGGUUUGCUGGAAGGUCUCGGGGCCGGAUAUAGUGACGAAGAGGUAGAGAAGUUUGUCUGCAAUGCUUGCCUCAGUGCAAAGGGCCAUCGUCUUCCUUUUCCCGAUUCGGACUCGCACUCCUCAGAGAGACUCGGCCUCGUACACAGCGAUGUGCUUUCCUUUCCCGAGUCGUCCUUGACUGGCAAGCGUUACCUGGUCACGUUUCUUGACGACUUCUCGCGCAAACUGUGGGCAUACGCGAUCGGACACAAAAGCGAAGUCUUUGGCGUGUUCAAGACAUGGCUUGCCGAGGUCGAACUCGAGACGGGUGCAAAACUGAAGGUCCUCCGAACCGACAAUGGUGGCGAAUACUGUUCGAGAGCGUUCACGGAAUUCUGUAAGGCACGCGGCACACGUCGACAAUACUCUAUCCCUCGAACGCCUCAACAGAACGGUCGUGCCGAACGAGUCAAUCGUUCUAUCGUCGAAGGUGUCCUUGCCCUCCUUGCAGACGCCCACUUACCCAAAUCAUUCUGGGAGGAGGCAGCAGCUUAUUUCGUCUACUGCAAGAACCUGUGCGAACACUCGGCCCUGGACAAGGCAACACCGAACUUCGCCUGGCAGGGCGACCGCACCAACGCCUCGGCGCUUCACCCGUUCGGCUGCACGGCUUGGCUCACAGUCGCGCCUGAACUUCGCUCGAAACUCGACCCGAAAGCGGUUCGCGUUCUCUUCACCGGCUAUGACCUGGCUUCUAAAGCCUUCCGUUUCUACGACACGACGACCAAGAAGAUCAGUUUGGGCAGAAAUGCCAGGUUCCUCGACAACGAAUUUCCCGGGUUACGUAGCGACUCCACCGAGCAAGACGCCGACACGCACUUCGCCAGCGCUUGCCCGACCACCGAAUCCCAAGCCGUUGUCAAGACAUGGACCCCACUAGUAAGGUCGGCGCACAUGGACGUCUCAUCCUCUCUUGAUGACUCUGCCAUGAGCGCCGUUGACGUGGCCCCAGGGUACACUGGCGGAACCUUACUUAAUUCCACAGAUGCCGAAUCGUCCUCGUCACCGUCUCCUGA